AUGCAUCGCCUCUGUCUGGGCUGCUGGGCCCUGCUCCUCGCCCUGGGCCUCUGCCAGGGCCACCGGGGCACGAAGCGGAACGUGUUGCUCAUCCUCGCGGACGACGGCGGCUUUGAGAGCGGCGCCUACAACAACAGUGCGAUCGCGACACCCCACUUGGACGCCCUGGCCCGCCGCAGCCUGCUGUUCCGCCACGCCUUCACGUCCGUCAGCAGCUGCUCCCCGAGCCGAGCCAGCCUCCUCACGGGGCUGCCCCAGCACCAGAACGGGAUGUUUGGGCUACACCAGGACGUCCACCACUUCAGCUCCUUCGACAAGGUGCGGAGUCUUCCUCUGCUGCUCAGCCAGGCCCAAGUCCGCACCGGCAUCGUGGGCAAGAAGCACGUGGGGCCGGAGCCCGUGUUCCCGUUCGACUUCGCGUACACGGAGGAGAACAACUCCGUCCUCCAGGUGGGAAGGAACAUCACCCGCAUCAAACUGCUGGUCCGCAAGUUCCUCCAGAGCCAGGAUGAGAGGCCCUUCUUCCUGUACGUGGCCUUCCACGAUCCCCACCGCUGCGGCCACUCCCAGCCCCAGUUCGGCGCCUUCUGCGAGAAGUUCGGUAACGGGGAGCAGGGCAUGGGCCUCAUCCCCGACUGGACCCCCCAGAUCUACGCCCCGGAGGAGGUGCAGGUUCCCUUCUUUGUCCCGGACACCCCGGCCGCCCGGGCCGACCUGGCCGCCCAGUACACCACAAUCGGACGCAUGGACCAAGGGAUCGGGCUGGUCCUGGAGGAGCUGCGGGAAGCCGGUGUCCUGAACGACACCCUGGUCAUCUUCUCCUCGGACAACGGCAUCCCCUUCCCCAGCGGCCGCACCAACCUGUACGGGCCGGGCACGGCUGAGCCCCUGCUGGUGUCCUCCCCCGAACACCCGGCCCGCUGGGGCCAGGUCAGCCGGGCCUACGUCAGCCUCUUGGACCUGACGCCCACCAUCCUGGACUGGUUCUCCGUCCCCUAUCCCAGCUACAGCAUCUUCGGCUCCGAGCCGGUCCACCUCACGGGCCGCUCGCUGCUGCCCGCGCUGGAGGCCGAGCCGCCCUGGGACACGGUGUUCGCUAGCCAGAGCCACCACGAGGUAGCCAUGUACUACCCGAUGCGUUCCGUCCUCCACCGCCGGCUCCGCCUCGUCCACAACCUCAACUUCAAGAUGCCCUUCCCCAUCGACCAGGACUUCUACGUGUCCCCCACCUUCCAGGACCUGCUGCGGCGGACCCGGGCCGGCCAGGCCACGGGCUGGUACAAAGACCUGCGGGGCUACUACUACCGGGAGCGCUGGGAGCUCUUCGACCUGGGCCGGGACCCCGAGGAGAGGAGGAACGUGGCGGCCGACCCCGCCUACGCCGAGGCCCUGCGCCUGCUGACGGCUCGCCUGCUCAAGUGGCAGUGGGAGACCCAGGACCCCUGGGUGUGCGCCCCGGACGCGGUGCUGGAGGAGAAACUGAGUCCCCGCUGCCGGCCCCUCUAUAACGAGUUAUGAGGGGAGGCCGGGCCCCGCGGGAGGGGCCAUCCGGGCGCCCUCCGCCACUUGUCCGCUGUGUGACCCUCCGGACUUCGGCUCCCUCGUAUCAUCAUCAU